GAUGCAGAACAUUUCUCUUACUGAAAGCAAUCUUACUGGAAAGCUUCCAAUAACUAUAUGUGACCAUCUUCCAAACUUGGAAGGGCUUUACCUAUCAAUAAACUACCUAAGAGGUAUUAUUCCACCAAACAUAGAAAAGUGCAGAAAGCUUCAAAUCUUGUCAUUGUCACUCAAUGAGUUUAUUGGAACUGUUCCAAAAGAGGUAUCCAAUUUAACUGCACUUAGAGGACUAUAUAUUUCAGCUCUGCAUUUGGAAGGAGAGAUAUCUGUGGAGCUAGGUAAUCUUAAUAAACUACAGCGUCUGGCAUUAACCCGGAAUAAGUUUACAGGUUCUGCUCCUGCAGGCAUUUUCAACAUUUCAACGCUGCAGUUCCUAGCAUUUUCAGAAAACAAGCUUUCAGGUACUGUACCUUCAGAUUUAGGUCGUGGAAUGCUCAUCCUAGAAAAACUUUAUUGUGCAGCAAAUAUUCUGACUGGUUUUAUCUCUAGUUCCAUCUCAAAUUCUUGGAAACUCAGGAUAGUUGAUCUCUCAGUCAACAGUUUCACAGGUCCAAUUCCUGAAUCACUUGGUAACUUAAAAUACCUUGAGCAUCUAAACUUGGCCGGGAAUACUUUUUUCAGCGAGACAACAUUCAGCUCCCUUACAUCAUUGACAAACUGUAGGAAUCUAAGAGUACUCUCAUUCGGUGGUAAUCAACUGGAUAGCACUUUUCCUACAUCAGUUGGGAAUUUCUCCAACUCUUUGCAAACUUUUAAAGCACCAGAUUGUAAACUAAAGGGCAACAUUCCAAAAGAAAUUGGUGAUCUUACUGGAGUGAUACAUAUGAGUCUGCAUUACUAUGAGUUGACUUGGACAUAUUCCAAAUACUAUCCAAAGCAUGUUGAACCUUCAAGAACUUUAGUAAAAAGCAACAAAAUAGAAGGAUUCAUACCAGAUGUUAUAUGUAAUUUAAAGAAUCUUGGUGCAUUAGACUUGUCAGGAAAUCAGCUUUCUGGUUCAGUGCCACCAUGCAUAGGGAAUAUUACUAGUUUGAGGACAAUUUAUCUAGCUAGAUUAACUGCAAGUAUUGGGGGCCUUCACGAUCUUAUUGAAUUCAAUAUUUCAUCCAAUUUAUUGAGUGAGACAAUUCCCCAAGAGAUUGGAAAUUUAAAGGCUGCAACUCUAGUUGAUCUGUCAAAAAAUAUUUUUUCUGGUAAGAUUCCAAGCAUUCUAGGGGGUCUAGAUAAAUUGUUUAAUCUUUCUCUGGCACAUAAUAGAUUAAAUGGGCCUAUACCAGAUUCAUUUGGCAAACUGUUGGCAUUGGAAUUCUUGGAUUUGUGCUAUAAUAAUAGAUGUAGCAUCUGCAAUGGACUAUCUCCACAGCGGUUUUUCAACACCUGUGGUGUUUUUGACUUGAAGCCAAACAAUGUUUUACUAGAUCAAGAAAUGGUUGGUCAUGUCAGUGAUUUUGGCAUUGCAAAAUUAUUAAGUAAAGGGGAAGCUUUUGUUCAAACAAGGACAAUUGCAACCAUUGGAUAUAUUGCUCCAGGUAUUCAAACUUUUUGAAUUUUCUCCUAUCCUUAGAAUACACAACUAACUAUUUACCCUAAAUUAAAUGUAAACUGAUCCACUUAGCAUAUUCUAUGAUUAGGAAGCUUGUCGAUAAUUUGUUACCAUGAUUCUAGAGUAUGGACAAGAUGGAAUAGUAUCCACGAGAUGCACUGUUUAUAGUUUUUGGAUCCUAUAUGUGGGUUUAUGAAAAGUCACAUAGAAUUUUUAGAAAUACAAAUAGAUAAGAGUGAAGUAAAAAUGUAACAAC